CAUUUUUACUAAAAUUCAGAGGUGUCUUGUCUGGGAUCAGAAUCAGAAUAGGUUAUUGAAAAACGUUUUUAGUAACGUAAUGUACACUAUUUGCCUAGAAAUAAUUAAGCUUGGUAGAUACUCUCCAAAAAGGGCAUUAUCAACAUUAAAUAAGAGUAGGAUUUUACGCCGCAGUACUCGGUCGAAAAUGGAUGAAGAAUUAAAAAGUCGUGAGAAUCCGGUCGUGCUACGUCUUGAUUCGUCAGAAUUUCAGAACAUCUUUACCCCAGAAGUUAUAACAUUAAAGAAUAUCUUCGAUAAAUACAAAUAUGAAAUAAGAAUAGCUGGUGGUGCAGUAAGGGACCUCCUGAUAGGUCUAAAUCCAAAAGAUCUUGAUUUUGCAACAACAGCAACACCUCAACAGAUGAAAGAAAUGUUUACUUCCGAAAAUAUUAGAAUGAUUAACGCUAAUGGAGAGAGACAUGGUACCAUUACUGCUAGAAUUAAUGAUAAGGAAAGUUUUGAGGUGUCCACACUGAGGAUAGAUGUACUCACUGAUGGACGCCAUGCAGAAGUUGAAUUCACAACAGAUUGGAAACUUGAUGCUAACAGGAGAGACCUUACAAUUAAUUCUAUGUUUCUUGGUUUUGAUGGUUCAGUGUACGAUUAUUUCUUUGGCUACGAAGAUUUAAAAAAGCGAAGGAUUGUCUUUGUUGGUGACCCUGACAGAAGAGUUAAAGAGGAUUAUCUAAGAAUAAUGAGAUAUUUCCGUUUCUAUGGAAAAAUAGCAGAUAAACCUGACAACCAUGAGGAAAAUACUCUACGAGUUUUGAAAGACAAUGUAAUAGGCCUUCAAAACAUAUCUGGUGAAAGAAUUUGGGUGGAGUUGAAAAAGAUGUUGCAGGGUAACUUUGCUGGUAAUUUAUUGAAGACUAUGAUUGAUGUUGGUGUUGGAAAAUACAUAGGUUUACCAGUGUCUCCAAAUGUAGAGGAACUGGAUAGGCUGGUCAAAAGAACUGAACACCUUAGCUUGCAUCCAAUUUCCUAUUUGGCAGCACUCCUCAGAGAUCUGGAUGAUGUCACUGUUCUCUACAAUAGGCUCAAGUUUUCUGGUUAUGAUAGAGAUCUUGCAUACUUCUUGGUGGAACACAGGGGAGACAAGGAAGGCAGCAGACCAUUAUUGCCAUAUGAAAAAUUAGUAUUGAAUUCCAAAAUAAAACAAAAGGAUGCAAUUGAAUAUGUAAAGGAAGUAUUAAAAUACAGAGGAGAUAAACUCUUUGAUCAGUUCAAUGAAUGGGUAGUGCCGAGGUUCCCAAUUAGUGGCAAAGUUUUAAAAGAAGCAGGAGUCCCACCUGGAAAAAUGUAUGGGCCUAUCAUUAGUAAAAUCAAGGAUAUAUGGAUUGAAAGUAAUUAUAAACUAGCAGAAGAAGAGUUAAUUAAAUACAUCCCAGGCAUUAUAGAGGAAUUUGAUAAAAAUAAAGUGAAAGCAUAAAAUAUUAAAAUGUUUCAUUACUUAUUUAUUAUAUUGGAUUAUAUUACAUCUGUAAUGAUUGUAUAAAUAGGUGCAUUUAAGUAAAUAAUACUUUCAAACAUUUUUAUUAUUUGGGGGUUUAUAUGGUUCAUAUCUAUCACAGCCAUCAUCAUCAUCCUUGUGGUCUAAAAAGCAUCUCUUGCAAAACAGAUACCGGCAUCCAAGGCACCUCAUCCUAGCAUCUUCAUUGCAAAUCUCACAAAAUGGUAGUUCAUCACAUGGGGGAAUCUCAUCUUCUAAAGUUGUCUCUUUCUUAAUCUGCAAAAGGAUUUAAGUUUUUUGGAGUGAGAGCUUUGAAUACACUCCAAUAAGGUUUUAGUCUUGUUGGAGUGGCAGACUGAUGCAUUAUAGAGUACAUACUUGUAAAACAAGUUUUGUCCUACCAAACGUUUUUUUAUAUACCUUUUCAAUAAUUUUUUUGACAGUAGCUUCCUCAUCCUCUGAUUCAUCACUUUUCUCUUCAGGUUUGCUGUGUGUUGCUGGAGCAGGUUCUGAUCCUUUAAGUUUUUGUACCCGAGACUCAAUACUGCUGAUAAUUCCAUCAAAUUCAUCUUGGUACUUAGUAUCUAUGCCAGUUUGUUCUAUGUAUUGUUUUACUAAGUCAUCUGCUUGCUCUUGCUCUGUUCUUGUGUCAAGUGGUGGUAAUGUGGGCUGAA